CCAGGACGUGCCGGCGCCUAUAAGAGCCAGAGCGCUGCGGCCGGAGCCUAUUGUUAGCCGGAGCCGGGGCGGUUCUGGGCUGCUCCUGCCAGCGGCGCCCGCGCUGCCGGACUCGCUCGCUCCUCCCUCCUUCCACCGGGCUAGGGCGGCGGCGGCAGCGGGGGCGGCGGAGACCAUCACGGGAGGAGGCAGCUGCGGCGGGGCCGAAUCCUAAUGCACCUGGCGAGCUGGUGGUGAGCAGGUGCUUUGGGGCCAACGUGGUCGGAUUCCCGAGGAAACCCUUGCAACCAAUGGAUGCAUUCGCGGGCCCGGGUCUCAAGCGGAAGUUUGAUGAUGUGGAUGUGGGCUCGUCAGUCUCCAACUCAGAUGAUGAGAUCUCCAGCAGCGACAGUGCUGACAGCUGCGACAGCCUCAACCCUCCUACCACUGCCAGCUUCACACCCACGUCCAUCCUGAAGCGGCAGAAGCAGCUUCGGAGAAAGAGUGUGCGCUUUGACCAGGUGACGGUGUACUACUUCGCCCGGCGCCAGGGUUUCACCAGCGUGCCCAGCCAGGGGGGUAGCUCUCUGGGCAUGGCCCAGCGGCAUAACUCUGUCCGCAGCUACACACUCUGCGAGUUUGCACAAGAGCAGGAAGUGAACCAUCGAGAGAUUCUUCGUGAGCACCUGAAGGAGGAGAAGCUUCACGCAAAGAAAAUGAAGCUGACCAAGAAUGGGACCGUGGAGUCGGUGGAGGCUGACGGCCUGACCCUGGAUGACGUUUCAGAUGAAGAUAUUGAUGUGGAAAACGUGGAGGUAGACGAUUACUUCUUCCUGCAGCCUCUGCCCACCAAACGGCGCCGGGCCCUGCUGAGGGCUUCUGGGGUCCACCGCAUUGAUGCUGAAGAAAAGCAAGAACUUCGAGCCAUCCGUCUCUCUCGGGAAGAGUGUGGUUGUGAUUGUCGACUGUAUUGUGACCCAGAGGCCUGUGCCUGUAGCCAGGCUGGGAUUAAAUGCCAGGUGGAUCGCAUGUCCUUUCCGUGUGGCUGCUCCAGGGAUGGCUGCGGGAACAUGGCCGGGCGCAUCGAGUUUAACCCGAUCCGAGUCCGGACUCACUACCUGCACACCAUCAUGAAGCUGGAGCUGGAGAGCAAGCGGCAGGUGAGCCGCCCGGCAGCCCCGGAGGAGGAGCCCUCACCUGCCGCUGGCUGCAGCCUGCCGGGCGCGCAGGGCUCCGAGACGCAGGACUUCCAGGAGUUCCUCGCCGAGAACGAGACCGCGGUGAUGCACCUGCAGAGUGCGGAGGAACUGGAGCGGCUCAAGGCCGAGGAGGACUCCAGCGGCUCCAGUGCCAGCCUGGACUCGAGCAUCGAGAGCCUGGGCGUGUGCAUCCUGGAGGAGCCGCUGGCCGUUCCCGAAGAGCUGUGCCCAGGCCUCACAGCCCCCAUCCUCAUCCAGGCGCAGCUGGCCCCAGGCUCCUCCGUCCUGUGUUUUGCUGAGAACUCGGAGCACCCGUCCGCCUCGACAGUGAGCAGCCCAUCCUACUUGAACAGUGGGCCCUUGGUCUACUACCAGGUGGAGCAGAGGUCGGUGCUGGGGGUGAAAGGCGAGCCCGGUACGGAAGAAGGCACAGCCUCUUUCCCCAGGGAGAAGGACCUGAGCGUCUUCUCGCUCCCCGUUACCUCGCUGGUGGCUUGCAGCCCCACAGACCCUGCCGGCCUCUGCAAGUCGGAGGUGGGGAAAACGCCCGCUCUAGAAGCGCUAUUGCCGGAGGGUUGUAACACCGAGGAGCCCGAGAACGAAGACUUCCACUCCUCAUGGUCCCCCUCAAGCCUCCCCUUCCGCACGGACAGCGAAGAGGGAUCUGCGGCGGAGAAGAGCUCCCCGCAGAGUGAGGACCGGCCCCCCGAAGAGGCUGCCCUAGAACUCCCCCUGGCAGUGUGACCUGGGGUAGAGGUGCCGCCUCUCACCCACUUUCUAUUUAUUCCCUUAUUUUAUCUAAUGCCACUGCAAGACUGUAGAAGCAGCUGCUGCUCCCAUGUUAUUUUAUUGGGAUCUUUCGGGGAGUGGGUGGGAAAGGCUUGUUUGUACAAGUAUUUUUAAAAAGGGAAACAGUACCAAGGAGACCAGCUCCAGCUUGACCUGGAGACAGUCUUACAGGCGGCCGCGCGGUGCCCAGUACUGAGCUUUCUGGGCUGUCAGAACAGAGGUAGGAGCACACAGGAGGCGCUGGGUAGCUCAAGCGGCUGUUCUUCAUGUAGGGACCGGAACACACGAAUCUGAACAGCAGGGCAAAGCCCCGGCUGUCCUGGCCGUGGGGAGGGUGCAAGCUCACUUCUCUCUGGUUAUUCCGUGCUCCGUCUUGGUGUCGUCACGCAGUUGCAAAGGUGGCCAGGCAGGAUCUAGAGAGGAGGGGUAGAAGGGUCUCUGCUUCUAUACAAAACCUCCAGGAUUUCUAAAAAUGUCACCUGCCUUCCUCUGACCCCCAUUUGGUAAAGAAGUUAAUAUUUGACAUUUGGUGUUCUCUGACCAGCUCCCCACACUGGGGAUCCCUGGUCUGUAACUUGAAUGACUGUAUUUCCUUCACAUGCUCUUAGGUACUAGAGUUUAGGUAGUCUGUCUUCUUUUCCUCCAUUUUUCCUUUGAAGAAAAAGAGCGAGCCUGGCUGGGGAUGUGGUGUAAAGAGCCCGAGGCUUCCGCCUGUGUCCAUCACUGGCUGUGCUGGGCAGCUUCAGGCGAAGCUCGCCCCUCACAGAAGCCCAUACAGAGCGUGAGGUCUGUCCGGAGGCGGCCGCAGGACCAGCCGCUGUCUGGAGAGAUGACUCGAUCUGUGUCACGUUUGCUUUUUCACGGUGCCCCCCAGAUCUGAGCUUUAAGUGGGAUGGAAGGUGUGGCAGUCUAAGGACACCUGCUAGUUUUUAUUUUUUUCUGUAUCUGCCCUCGUGACCCUGCUUGGAUGUAUACAGGGUUGGAGUUCUUAACACUAGUCCAGGUCAGCCCCAAGAACUGCACAUGUUUACUGAACCUUCUCUGUCUUGAUACAUAGAUUGGAAGCCAAACCAAUUCUUAAAAUGCCACACACAACUCCCAGGUUGCACAGGAUUCAGGAUCUGAUUGUAACCUUGGAAAUGUAUAGGAUGGGACUCAGAUUCUGUUCUUCCCUCUGUCAGUGGUUCCUGUUCCUCUUAGUCCAGCGUAUGUUCCAAGGUCUGCUUCACUCAACUCCACUGAUUUCUUUUUAUUGUCAGAGUUUAUCUUUGCCUCUUUUAAAAUGGACACAGUAGGGAGCAAAACACUAUUUUCUAGUGUCCUAGACACCAUGUUUCACUUCCGGUAUGAUUUACUACCCAGGAAUGAAGAGUACAAACUUUCCUGUGGUUGGGGAGAUAACUGUUCAUCUUUGUUUGCUCAUAAACCCUUUCCUUGUGAGAUAGUUAGGGCUCUGGUGUCUUAAAGCAACCUUUGAGUAUUUGUCAGCAGCCUUUCACCUACACAAUCUGAGCCUGAAGGACUUUGUAAUUAAUACAGCUACAUGUUUUAACCCAUUCCGCCUUUCCUGUCCAUUCCUGUUUUUGUUUGGUUUUAUGUUGGAAGAGCGUUCUUAAUUGGGGGCGUGUGUCCGUGUUUCUCCCCAUCCCCCAGCCUCACAAGACAGAGCUGAGGUUCUCAAGUACCUGAGACUUAGAUGCUCUUCCAAACUGAGCUGCUGUCCCCCUCCUUAGAUGGGGACUCAGACACGACUGUGAAGUUUCUCUCAGAAUUUGGCUCCGUGGAGAAAAAACUGUUUUUAAAAAUUUGUUGGAAAGAGGAGGAAGCUUAGAAAUUUUCUCCUUAGGAAGCUCCAACUCAGUUUAGUGGGCAGAUUCCAGCUGCUCAGUAAGAAAAACAUCAGCCUUUGGGAUCAAAUGAAUUCAAGUUUGUGAUUAUUAAACUCAUUGUCAACCCACAAGAUAUAUGAUAUUUCUGCAAAACCCCAGCAUCCGUCCGGCCCAUCCCUUCUUUACAAUUCUGACACACUAACCCCAAACUUCCGAGUGCUAAAUAUUAGCAUUUAGCAUUAACUCUUGUCAAGCAAAGGGCGUUUUCUACAACCUAGUCUGUCUCAUUUCUGGUGCUACCUGAAUUGGACAAAAUUACAGCUCAUGGUUGCUAGGGAAGGUGGGCCUCUGGCUGUAGAAGUGGACUGGACGGCUUCAGUCCCACUCAGUCUAGGCCUAGAUAAAAGAAAUGAAGCUUACUGUCCCUUUCACAUACUGUAUGCACAGGUAGUAUUUUCAAUGUGAAUCCAAAGCUUGUCUGGUUCUCUGAAAACAAUUUUUUCCCCCUUUAGGUUCUUUACAUUGUGAUAAUGCCGUAUUUAAAGAGAAUAUUUAAAUGUAAUAUUAAAGAAAUAUUCAAAA